AUGUCUAUCGUUCCCCAUCCCUUCGACCCUCUCUCCGCCCAGGAGAUCGAGCUUGCCGUGUCGAUUGUCAAGAAGGCUCACUCCGAUGUGCGGUUCCACGUCGUCAAUCUCCAUGAGCCCCGCAAGGCCGAGAUGACGGCAUGGCUUGCCAAUCGCGGAUCCCGCCGGCCUAAGCGCGUCGCCGAGGUUGUCGUCCAGUCGCCCACCGGCACCGUCUACGAAGGUUUGGUUGACCUUGAGACGCCGAAGCUCGACAAGUGGGUCCAGAAGGACGGAGUGCAGCCAGUCAUUACUCCGGAAGAGCUCGCCUCCGUUGAACACGGUAUCCGCACCGAUCCCAAGGUCAUUGAGCAAUGCGUCAUCAGUGGUAUCCCCGCCGAGGAUAUGCACAAGGUCUACUCCGACCCUUGGACGAUCAGCUACGAUGAGCGCUUCGGUACCGAUAGACGCCUGCAGCAAGCGCUUCUGUACUACAGGCCCGACAUCGACAACUGCCAAUACCAAUACCCCUUGGACUUCUGCCCCAUCUGGGACCCCCUCAAGGAGAAGGUCAUUGCCAUCGAUAUCCCCAAGGUCCGCCGGCCUGUCGUCAAGUCCCCCGCCGUGGACUACCAUCACCUUGCCAUCCAGCGCCAGGGCGGUUACAGGACGGAUCUGAAGCCCAUUCAGAUCACCCAGCCCCAGGGUGUGUCCUUCGAGUUCAGUGGCACCGGACGCGAGAUUGAGUGGCAAAAUUGGAAGUUCCACAUCGGCUUCAACUACAGGGAGGGUAUUGUAUUUAACAACAUUACCUUUAACGACAAGGGAACUGUUCGUCCCAUCUUCUACCGAAUGUCGAUUGCCGAGAUGGUAGUACCAUACGGAAACCCCGAGUACCCUCAUCACCGAAAGCAUGCGUUCGAUUUGGGAGAAUAUGGUGCGGGUUACCUGACCAACAGCCUCUCUCUCGGCUGCGACUGCAAGGGAGCUAUCUACUACCUCGAUGCCGACUUCCCAACCCUCAGUGGUCAGGUCCGCAAGGUCAAGAAUGCCAUCUGCAUUCACGAGGAAGACAAUGGCAUUCUGUUCAAGCAUACCGACUUCAGGGACGGCUCUACUAUUGUCACCCGCGCACGAAAGCUCAUUGUUCAGCAAAUCUUCACAGCUGCCAACUACGAAUAUGCAAUCGCAUGGACUUUCCAUCAAGACGGAACUAUCCAGCCCGACAUCAAGCUCACGGGUAUCCUAAACACCUACGUCAUGCACGAGGGUGAGGACACUAUGGGAUACGGAACGGAGGUAAAGAAGGGUACCGUCGCGCAUAACCAUCAGCACCUCUUCUGUCUUCGCAUCAACCCCAACCUUGACGGACAGAACAACUCAGUCGUCAUGGUCGAUGCGGAGCGCUCACCGGCUCCCGUGGGCAGUCCUGACAACUACUACGGCAAUGCCUUCACUGCGCGUCGCACGAGGCUUGAAACCACCGCCCAGGCCAUGACGGACUAUGACGGCACCACGGGUAGGACGUGGGACAUUGUCAACGAGAAGAAGAUUAACUCGCAGAGUGGUAAACCCGUCUCGUACAAGCUGGUCAGCCGAGAAGUUCCCGGAUUACUUGCGAAGCCUGGCUCCCUUGUAUGGAAGCGUGCCGGAUUUGCCAGGCAUACCGUUCACGUCACCAAGUACCGGGACGACCAGCUCUGGGUCGCGGGUGACCACGUCCCGCAGACCUCGGGUGAGCCCACUAAGGGAAUCACCGAGUGGAUCGGCGACGGCACCGAAUCCAUCACCAACACCGAUAUCGUGCUCUGGCAUACCUUUGGCAUCACGCAUUUCCCUUCGCCCGAGGACUUCCCCAUCAUGCCGGCCGAGCCCAUCACGCUCCUCCUACGACCCCGCCACUUCUUCACCUGCAACCCCGCCAUGGACGUUCCUCCUUCGUACUCGAUUACGCCCAGCCAGGUCGCGGCUAAGGGUAAGGGAGCGUUGGAUGCGACGGACCGCAUUAGCAAGUUGGCGAACGAUACGUGUGGGUCGACGUGUCGGCUUUGA